AUGUCAGCAACGCCUCGCAAACCUGGAACUCCCGGCAGUUCCAGCAAAUCAUCGACCGCAGAUCCGCCCUCAACCAACGGGUCCACCACACGAGGACAUACACGCUCGCCCAGCGCCGCCAGUAACGGCAUCAACCGCUCCCCCUCCCUCCGAGGCUCAACCCCCGUUUCUGCACGCGCUGCGGCCAGAAAGCCCGCUCGGUCCAAUCUGAGCAUGUCAAAUGUCCCCAGAGUUUCCGGCGACCCCUCCGACGAGGAGGCGCGGGCCCAGAAUGCUGCUCUCAUCGAUGAGCUGCGAGAGCAGCUUCAAAAGGCCGAAACCGCCUCCGAGCAAUACCAGAAGCAGCUGGGUGUCUUGCAGAUGCGUCUAGAUGAGGCUGUCAGUGAGCAGGGCAAAUUGGAGGAUCAGGCUCAUGAGCGGGACACUCGCAUUGAGACGCUCAACAGCGAAACUCGGGAUCAGGCCCGCCAGAUCCGCGACCUGGAACAAAACCACGAGAUGGAGCGGAAUGCCAUGCUGCAGGAGAAAGAGCAGCAAACAAGCCGGGAAGAAGAGAUGCAGGCAACCAUCCAACGGCUGAAAGAGUCGAUGGCACAGAAAGACAUGCGCAUCAAUGCGGAUGGCGAUCGCCAAAUCUCCCGAUCCUCUAGUUUCCGCAACAGGGCCUCCCCGGAGUUGGACGGCCAGUUUGCGCCUUCGUCGCAACUGGAGCGCAGUCCCUCCCGGAAUAAUUCCACGCUUCUCCUGCAAAAGGACAAGGUGAUCGAAUCAUUGCGCCUGGAACUCGCGGAAUCCCAAAUCAAACUCGUGGAGAUGGAAAACAAAGGCGGCGGUCGCCAGCGCGAGUUGGAGAAGGAGCUUUUGGAGGCUCGCAUGGCCAACGCUCGCCUGAUGGAAGAUAACGAAAGCUAUCAGCUUCUCCUGAGUGAGAAGACUCUGACUGGCGACUUUACAAAGGGCGAUUUUAUGCGGGAUGCCCACCCCGGGACAAAGGAAUCUUCCGGCGGACUAGGGUCCCUGGCGGAUGAGCUCGAAUCCGUGGAUGAGGCGCCUGAGACCGAUCCGACUCGCAGAAUGGAGGCGGAAAUUAGAAGUCUUAAGGACCAAAACAAGGCCUUGACGCUUUAUAUCGAGCGCAUCAUCAGUCGGCUCCUGCAGCACGACGGGUUCGAGCACAUCCUGGACAGGGGGGAUCAUGAUGGCCCGAAUGGCAAGCGGGCCAGCGGCGGAGACAAGGACUUGCCCCCUACUCCCCCGGAGAAGGAUGAUUCUCCCUCGCAGAGCUUCUUGCAACGAGCCAGAUCGGUCGUCGCUGGGCCAGCCCCUCGCUCUCAACCUCGCUCCCGCCCAGCCAGUAUGAUGCCCCCGCCGCCUCCGGCACCUUCGCACAGCACUGCAAACGAGAACCCGGACACUGCACCCAGCAUCCCUUUCCGUGCUCAGUCUGUGCGAGCGAGUCAUCGCCGUACCCGCUCGGAGCAAGUAGAUCCGGGCGCUGCAUCGGUCGUUGGGCAAAUGUACCGCGGGCGCUAUUCUGGAGGGCCCAUCAGCCCGACAGCUGUGGGCCCUGGGUCGCGGCAGAGCAUGUUUUCUGGCGCCAACAGCUACUUUUCCAGCAUGAGCCGUGCCCCGUCCAUGUCGAGCCAGCCCGAGCGCACCGGCCGCAGCAGCUCGCCCAGCGUCACCAGUGAUAUCCCUGGAGAAACCGGCUCCACGGGGGCGACAUCCAGCCCACCGCGGUCCAGCAGCGGCAUGAAUAAUUAUACUGGAGCGGUCAUGACGCAGAAUAAGCUGCGUCCGCUGCGUCUGGUGAGCGAAACGGCCAGAAUCGAGGAGGAAGAGGCCGCUGCCCGGAGGAAGGCCAACCGCGCAAGCUGGAUUCCGUGGAUGAAUCGCCAGAACACCAACCCCGAUGAGCCGGCACCGCCUUCUUGA